AUGAUCGGUCAACACGUCGCUCCAAAAAAAAGCGGGGGGGGGGCAUCAAGCAGCAGCAAACUCACCGACAUCGACAGCUUUCGUGUGCCUUGGAUCUUUGAAUCCCUGGUCAAGCUUCUCGAGGUUCAGGGAUUCCCCCACUAUGAUCCCGGUAGAAGCGAUCUCAUUCGAUCCUGCAGAUUUGUUUUUCUCGCCUUCCCAGCAAUCAGGAUUCAGUUGAUAAUAUCAAGCAUCCUGCCGGCUGGAAUUAGAAUUGGUUACGAGCUGACUGCAGCUUGGAAAGGAUGCUCUGGCGGUUGA